AUCCUGUUUUGACAUUGACAUUUUGCCCUUUAAAAAUCUUAACCUCAAAAAAUUUGAAAGAAAAAGAACUGUGGAAAUAUGUUGUUUUGAUUCUAGAUAAAUAUUUUUAUGCCAUUUGUUAUUGUGUUUCGUUAAUUAUACCUCAAUCAAACAUUGAGAAUUAAUCUUUGCUUCAGUCAUAAUACAUUUUACGUAAUGUUGGUAAGCUUUGUUAAGUUUAGGACAAUACCCAGAUUUUUGAACAUAAACAAGAUUAUAGUACGGAAAUACAAUGUACCAAGAAGAGCACUUAUGUACGUUCCGGGAGAUGAUCCAAAGAAAAUAAGUAAAUCUCUGACACUAGAUGUAGACUGCAUUGCAUUAGACUGUGAAGAUGGGGUUGCUGUUAAUAAAAAGAGAGAAGCCAGAGAAACUAUUAGGUCAUUUCUCGACAAAGGAAAACCAUCAAAAGAUAGAGAUUAUGAUUUUGGGGUGAGAAUUAAUGCAUUCGAUACAGAGUACUGGCAAGAGGACUUAGAAUCAUGUCUAACUGCCAUUAACCUUCCUGAUACAAUUUUAAUUCCAAAAGUAGAAACAGCUGAUACAAUCAAGCAAUUUUCAGAAGAAGUUAAACAAAGGAUUAAAUCUGACAAAAAAAUUAAUGUUAUAAUUUAUAUAGAGUCUGCAAGAGCAUUUUUGAAUAUAGUUGAUAUAUGUAAAACUGCAGAAGGUCUUUCGAAAACUAGUAAUAUACAGCCAGUUAGCUUAGUUUUUGGUAGUGAUGAUUUUUGUGCUAACAUUGGAGCCACUCGAACUGAAAGUUCCAUUGAAAUAUUAUAUGCUCGACAGAAGUUGGUUUUAGUUGCAAAAGCAUUUAACUUGCAAGCUAUUGAUAUGGUAUAUAUAAAAUAUAAAGAUCUGGAGGGUUUGAAAAAACAGUGCGAAGAAGGUAUGAAAAUGGGAUAUACUGGAAAGCAAGUUAUACAUCCUGGACAAGUGCCCAUUGUACAAGAGGCGUUUUUACCUUCUGCCUCUCAGAUUGAGUGGGCUAGUGGUCUUUUACAGUCAUUUGAGAAGCAUCAAAAAGAUGGAAAGGGUGCCUUUACCUAUAAAGGAAGUAUGAUAGAUAUGCCAACUAUGAGGCAAGCUGAAAAUGUAAUAAAACUGGCAAAUUUAAAGAAAACUUAGGUUCAAAUUUAUUAAUUUUUUAUUUUUUCUUAUAUUUAUCUAAUAAAAAUAAUCCACAUCAUUUUGAUCAUAAUUUGAGUAAAUAAAGUCUUUUAUAGGUGAA